AUGUUGGAAUACAAUAGGUUGCCCGUCGUUGUGAACUGGUAUAAGUAUAACGGUGACCUGCCCUUCCACUAUGAUCAAACCGAUGGCGUUCUGAGAUUGUUCGACUUGCAAAUCCACGAUUCCGGUACCUACAUCUGUCAGGCCCGCCACAAUCAAACUCAACGCAUUUACGAAGAUAGAGUUACCAUCACCAUUACAGAAACCUCCCGUCGCUCCCCAGCCCGCAUUGACAACUUGGCUCCCUAUCACACCUUUACCGAAUUCGUUCCCGCUGAAAUCGCUUGCGAAGUAAGUGGUAAUCCUCAACCCGUUGUCACAUGGAUUCGCGUGAAUGAUCAGAUGUCCACCGAAGUUCAUGUCGAAGGUAAUCGCUUGAUUUUCGAGAGACCACGUAAAUCCGAUGAGGGUAGAUACCGCUGCCAGGCCAAUAAUGGUGAAGGUUAUCCCGAUGAGAAAUAUACCGAAGUUUAUGUCGAGACCGUGAUGCCAUCAUCCACACCGGCACCACGUGAAAUGGUCUACAUUGAACCACCCCAAUAUACUGGUGAAGCUGGUCAACCCAUUCGUCUGACUUGUCACUCCAUUUCGAACAUCAAUCUGAAAUAUGAAUGGACCAAGGAUGGUUAUGCCAUCUAUCGUCAGCAUAAUGUCAUUAUGCUGGGCAAUACCUUGGAGAUUCGUGAUGCCACUCCACGUGAUUCGGGUACCUAUACUUGUGUGGGUAUUGAUAUGCGUGGUCGCCGUAACUACACCUCAGAUGCUCGGGUAUUUGUUGAUGAACCAGCUGGUCCUUAUCCCGCUGUGGGAACUCCACCCGUCAUCAAGGCCAUGCGCGAAGAACAUCUUGUCAUUCAAGGCCAUGAUUUUACCAUUACCUGUGAAGCUUCUGGCACUCCUCGUCCCACCAUUAAAUGGACCAAGGUCCAUGAAUCUCUCGGCGAUAACGUCCAUCAAACUGGCAAUGUAUUGCGUAUUAGCUCUGCCCGCCCCGAUAAUCGUGGUGUUUAUGUUUGUGUUGCCGAAAAUAAUGUGGCCUCCGAUCAAGCCAGUACAUAUAUUGAAAUUGAACCUCGUGAACGUCCCACCGUUGACAUUGAUCCCAAAGAACCACAAGUACUUGUUGUUGGCAGCCAGGGUAUGCUAUAUUGUACCGCCACCGGUAUACCCACACCCAGAGUACAAUGGUCUCGUGUCGAUGGCCAGCCCAUGUCGCACCGUCAUCAAAUGCAACACAAUGAACCGGGUUAUAUUGUCAUUAAUGAUGUUAGCUUGGCCGAUACUGGUGAUUACAAAUGUGAAGCCGUUAAUGAAGUUGGCACAGCCACUGCUGUCUCAACCAUUCGCGUCAUUGAAGCGCCCGUCAUCACUCUGCAACCCAAUGAGGAAAUUCAUAGUGUAACCGAGGGUGAUGAAUUGCGUGUAGUUUGCACAGCCACCGGUACCCCCACACCCAGUGUCCGCUGGAUCAAGGAAGAUGUUGUCUCUUAUGGUUAUGGCGCCGCCUUCGAACCUUCAUCUAAUGAAGCUGUCCUGACCUUCAAUCGCGUCAGCAUGGAAGAUGCCAAGUCCUAUAAAUGUAUUGCCAGCAAUGAAGCCGGUACCGAUGAACGUUACAUUGUCCUGGAUGUGAAACAACAUCGUGGUGAUGUUGGCAAGGAUGGUGAUGUUGUUUACGGAUCCUACCAACCAUCUUACCCCACAUCUUAUCCCAACUAUCCUCCACCAAAUACCAUGCAGAAACCUAAGACAGUUAUGGAUACCAGACCCGGUGAAAAUGUUACCUUGAUAUGUGAUAUUCAAAACAACUAUCAAAUCACUUGGGAACGUGCUGAUGGCCGUCCAUUGCCCUCGAAUUCCUACUAUGAGGGCAGCCGUUUGGUUAUCUAUCAAAUGACUGAAAAUAGUGCCGGCAAUUAUCGUUGCAAUGCCUUGGAUAGACGCGGAACCUUGCUGCAAUACCACUUGUGGGAAUUGGUCUAUUUGCCCGUGCCCCGUAUCACCCUGCAUCCACAAAUGCCCAUUAAAGUGAAUGUGAACAGUGAUGUGACCAUUACAUGUAAUGUGGAGGGUGCCCAACCCAUUACCGUGUCCUGGCAUACCGACAAUAAUCGUCCAUUGACUGCUUCCGUCAGCAUUGAUGGCAAAUAUUUGAACUUCCGCGACAUUACCCCAGCUGCUGCUGGCCGUUACUACUGCUUGGCCUCGAAUCGUUAUGGCAACACCACCGCCUCCGCCGAAGUGAUUGUCAAUCGUGGUCAUACCUAUGAACCCCAACCCCAGGCCAAACAAUAUCAAAUUACCGAGGGACAAGAUGUUCAUGUAACAUGUGAUGUUGAAUCGAUGUCCGCUCCAAUUCGUGGUGAAGUUUAUUACAACUGGCGCCGUGAAGAUGGCCGUCCCUUGCCAACCAAUACCCAAGUCUACACUAACCGCCUGAUCUUCAACAAUGUACGCAAACCCGACGAGGGCCGUUACAUUUGUGAAGCUUACACUGCCUCCGGAUCAUUGUCCACUUCCUAUGCUGAUUUGUUUGUCAAGCACUAUAAAACCAUGAGAGAAAUCAUAACCAAACCACUGACACCCGAUACCCCACCAGCUGCAAUGACCUCCACCACCAAGCUUGGUGGUGGUCCCGCCUCGGUCUAUAACACAAAUAGCGGUGCCUGUUUGCCCACCGAUUUCAAGUGUGUCUCCCAUCCGAAUACCUGCGUUGCCAAACACAUGGUCUGCGAUGGCAUACACGAUUGUACCGAUCAUUCGGAUGAGUUCAAUUGUAGUCGCAGUGAAGCGGGUGCCGCCGGCUCAACGAUCAGCUUGUCCAAACCGAAUUCCUCCUAUAAGCGUUGGAAGAAACAUAACUAUCAACAGCAACACUCGAUGAUAUCCGGCGGCAUACGGAAUAAAAGGAAAUUCCCUUUUGUGGCCCCAAAAAGGAGAAGCACCUCCGGCAUGGCACAUAAGCGGCCCCUCAUGGCCCCAAUCAGCACCAGCAGUAGACAAGAUGUUUUCCAUAUGAAAUCGAAAUUCGCCGUUUAUCCUCCGGCCCCACUUCCACACUAUUCCACCACCACGCCACGUCAUCGUGACUUAAGUUUGAAAUUGGAUCAGCAACAUUCGAAUUUGCGCGUUGGCGAAUCCACCGAAGUGGAGUGCUAUUCCUCCGAUAACAGCUACACCGAUGUCGUUUGGGAGAGAGCCGAUGGUCGGCCAUUGCCAUUACAUAUUAAGCAAAUCGGCAAUCGUUUGAUCAUCAACCAUGUUACACCCGCCGAUGCUGGCAACUAUCUGUGCAAAUGCAAGACCGACGAGGGCGACCUCUACACCACCAGCUAUGAAUUGGCCAUCGAAGCCAAUACCCAUGAAUGGAAACAUCCCAAGAUUGAGCAUGCCGAUGUGGGAUCUGCCGUGAAGUUGCACUGCGAUGCUGAGGAUGGGCAUCUUUCGCCCCAUUACAGAUGGUCACGCCAGUACGGACAAAUGCAAAUGGGCACGGAUAUUUUAAGUGAUACUUUGAGCCUGCAAAAUGUUCAAGCCAAUGAUGCCGGUACCUAUGUGUGCACAGCCACCGCUCCCAAUGGCGAAUCGGUGGAUUAUCCCACAAUUCUGGUUGUGACCGGUGCCAUUCCGCAUUUCCAUCAGGAACCCCUGAGCUAUAUGUCCUUCCCCACGCUGCGUGAUUCCUAUGUUAAAUUCAACUUCGAUAUUACAUUCCGCCCAGAACAAGGUGAUGGUCUGUUGCUCUUCAACGGCCAGAAGCGUGGCAAUGGCGAUUAUAUUUCCCUCUCCCUGAAUGACCAGUAUCCCGAAUUCCGCUUCGAUUUGGAUGGCAAGACGAUGAUUGUUCGUGGCGAACAAGCCUUGGAGUUGAAUGAAUGGCACACCAUUAGGGUUCAUCGUUUCCGUCGUGAUGGUUACAUGCAGGUCGAUGGUCAACAUCCGAUUGCCUUCCCCACUUUGUCCGCCUCCUCCUCCCUGGAUUUGGUUGAAGAUUUGUAUUUGGGUGGUGUACCCAGCUGGGACAUUUUACCCGAUGAAGCUAUUGAACAACAGGUUGGCUUUGCCGGUUGCAUUAGCCGUUUGACCCUGCAGGACAGCAUUAUUGAGCUGAUGAAAGAGGCCAAGAUGAAGGAGGGCAUUACCGCAUGCAAGCCUUGCGAUACCAACCCUUGCUCGAACAGCGGCAUCUGCCUGGAGUCGCAGACUGAAAUGGGUUAUACCUGCGUGUGUCAACAGGGUUGGACAGGACGCCACUGUGCCAUUGAGGGUACUCAAUGUACCCCGGGUAUUUGCGGAACUGGACGUUGUGAAAACACCGAAACUGGCAUGGAAUGUUUGUGUCCCCUCAACAAGACCGGCGAUCGCUGUCAGUACAUCGAACAUUUGAAUGAGAACAGUUUGGCGUUUAAGAAGAACAGCUUCGCUGCCUAUGGUACCCCCCGUGCCUCCAAGCUCAACAUCAAAUUCCAAAUCCGACCCAACACCCUUGAAGAUGCCGUUCUCCUCUAUGCCGCCGAAUCUCGUCUACCCAGUGGUGAUUAUGUGGCCGUCGUCUUGCGUAACAAACAUGUCGAACUGAUCAUCAAUACCGGUGCCCGUUUGAAACCGGUUGUUGUGAGGUCGCUGCAUCCCUUGCCCGCAAACAAAUGGACCGAAAUUGAAAUUGCCCGCCGUUUCGGUGAAGGCAUCUUGCGGGUGGGCACUGAUCCUGAACAGAAGGCCAAGGCAGCGGGAGCCGCCAGAACCCUAUACAUUAAGACCCCCAUGUAUAUUGGCGGAUUCGAUCAUGAAAAGAUCACGCUGAAUCGUGAUGUGAAUAUUACACAAGGUUUCGAUGGUUGUAUAUCGAAUCUCUACGAGGGCCAACGUCAAUUGAAUCUGAUUGCCGAUAUCCAGGAUGCUGCCAAUAUUCAAAACUGCGGCGAAAUCAAUGAAAUCGAACAAAACGAAACCUUUGACAACGAUGUCGAACAGAAUGCCUGCUCUAGUGAUCCCUGUGAAAAUGGCGGCACAUGUGUGGUAGAAAACGACGAGGCCGUUUGUUUGUGUAAUAUCGGCUUUGCCGGCAAACAUUGUGAAGAUCAUAUUUCCCUACAAUUCGAUGCCAAUUUCCAUGGUAAUGGUUAUUUGGAACUGAAUCGUUCCCAGUUCGAUGAACAGGUUGAACAGAAAUUCUCCAGUGCUGCCAUGGUCUUUUCCACAACCGCUCCCGAUGGUUUGCUGUUAUGGUGGGGUCAACCCAAGGGUGAGGCCUACACGGGACAAGAUUUUAUGGCUGUAGCCAUUGUUGAUGGUAUUGCCGAAUUUGCAUUCCGUUUGAAUGGCGAGGAGAAGGUCAUACGCAACCCCGAUAAACGUGUCGAUGAUGGUAUCCGUCAUAUUCUGUUGAUUAAACGCACGGAUAAUACGGCCAUUUUGGAAUUGGAUCAUAUCUUGUAUGCCGAUGAGACCAAGGAUACGGGUAAAGAUACAAUGAGCCUGCCGGGACAUGUGUUUAUUGGUGGCGCUCCCAAUCUCGAAUCCUUUACCGGUGGCCGUUACAAGCAUCACUUUAACGGUUGUGUACGAGUUGUUGAAGGUGAAGCUAGCGGUAUCAUAGAAGUAGGCAAAGUAGCUAUAAGCGGUAACAAUGUUGACACCUGUCCAAAUGCGGAUGAGGAUGUUGAUUUCGAUGGUACCGAGCCCCCAGUCGUUUAAUAGUUUUCGUUUUU